ACCGAACCGAACCGAGCCGAGCAAUGAGCCAACAGGGAGCCGCCCUGCAGACCUACAACAACGAACUGGUCAAAUGCAUUGAAGAUUUGUGCAGUAAAAGGGACGAGCUGAACCGACAGAUUCUGCAAGAGGAGGAGGAGAAAAACAAACUUCAGAAUGACAUCCGUGUCCUGUCGGAGAAGCUGUCACGGGUCAACGAGAACCUGGCCAGAAAGAUGGCAUCUCGGAACGAGUUUGACAAAACUAUCGCUGAAACCCAGGCUGCUUACAUGAAGAUACUGGAGAGCUCCCAAACUCUGCUGAACGUAUUGAAGAGAGAAGCUGGAAAUCUGGGGAAAGCCACGGACGUGAGAGGCAGUGUAAAUACCACACAGCCCUGAGACUGCCACUAGGCCAUCACCAUGUAACAUAGCAAUCGCUGUACUCAACGCUUUUAUUUUUCAUAUAUAUGUUUUAUUACCUUGUGCAGAAAUCAGUUUAAUAAAGAUUAUAUUUCUGUGAAAUGUCA